AUGUACAUCAAACAGAUCAUCAUCCAGGGCUUUAAAAGCUACAAGGACCAGACUAUUAUGGAACCCUUUUCUCCUGGUACCAAUGUCAUUGUCGGACGAAACGGCUCGGGCAAGAGCAACUUCUUCGCAGCUAUCCGCUUCGUUCUCAGCGACACAUACACCAGUCUGAGUCGUGAGGAGCGCGCCGCCCUCCUGCACGAAGGUUCCGGUUCAGCCGUCAAUACUGCAUAUGUGGAGGUGAUCUUCGCGAAUACUGGAGAGCGCCGCUUCAUCGGAUACGAGAAGGACGAGGUUCCGAUUCGCCGCACGAUCGGCCAAAAGAAAGAUGAAUACUCUGUGGACAAGAAGGUCGUUCCUAGAAACGAGUUCAUCCAGAUUCUCGAGGCCGCAGGCUUCUCGAACAAGAAUCCAUUCUACAUUGUUCCACAGGGUCGUGUUACGGCUCUGACGAACAUGAAAGAAAAGGACCGUCUGAAUCUGCUCAAGGAGGUUGCCGGCACUCAUACAUACGAGAAUCGCCGAGCUGAAUCGCUGAAGAUCAUGCAAGAGACAAACAACAAACGAGAGAAAAUCGACGAGCUCCUGGAAUAUAUUAAGGACCGGCUUAGUGAGCUAGAAGAGGAGAAAGAAGAGCUGCGCGACUUCCAAGACAAAGACCGAGAGCGACGGUGCUUGGAAUAUGCCUACUACGCGCAGGAGCAGGCCACCUUCCAGGAGUCCCUAGAAGAAAUCGAAGAACUCAGGCAAGGCGGUCUUGAAAACACGAGCGAAAAUCAGCGAGCGUUCAUAGCAGGCGAGAAAGCCAUCUCCCAAAUGUCGUCUGAACUCAGUCGUCUACAGCAACAAAUGGACCUACUCAAGAUUGACCGACAGCAGCUCGAGGAGGAUCGCCGCGAUACUGCCAAAGCUCGCGCAAAAGCUGAGCUCAAACUCAAGGAUCUUGCGGACAGCCAAUCUACCAGGGAUAAAGCCAAGCGAGCCAAUGACGCAGAGCUUGAAGCUGUCAGGAAAGAGAUUCAGGCAAAGGAGGCCGAGCUGAGCUCUCUCAUUCCGGAAUACAACAAGCGAAAGGAACGCGAGGCCCAGGCCAAGCGAGAACUAGAUGCUGCUGAGGCUGGCCGAACGCGUUUAUUCACCAAACAGACUCGCAGCUCUCAGUUCAAGAGCAAGGCCGAGCGCGAUGCAUGGCUUCGAAAAGAGAUUAAAGAUCUCAACGAAAGCAUUGGCACCCAGAAGGCGAACCUUGUCGAUGCCUCGGAAGAGGUCAAGGCCGUGACUGACUCUAUCUCGAAGCUCGAGAAAGACAUUGCAGAGAUGCGAGCAACACAGGAGGGCUGGGUCAAUGGUAGCGCAGAUCUGACUGAGAAACUCACCCAGGCAGAGGAUCAGCGGGAAGCCCUGCAGGAAGAAUUAAAGAUGCUUCGACGUGAGGAUCACAAGCUGGAUUCGAUUAUCGCUAGUGCUCGCCAAGAGCGGGAACACGCAGAACGCGAGCUUUCUCACACUAUGGACGGUGCCACUGCCCGGGGUUUGGCGACAAUACGGAGACUGAAGGCUGCGAGAAAUAUCCCGGGAGCAUACGGUACCUUGGCAGAAUUGAUGGAUGUUGAGGAACCAUACCGUGUUGCUGCUGAACAGACUGCGGGCGCCAGCUUGUUCCACUACAUUGUCGACAACGAAGCUACUGCAAGUAUGCUUGCAGCAGAGCUAUACAAAUCACAGGGCGGCCGUAUCACUUUCAUGCCUCUUGCUCAAUUGCGACCCAGACGUGUCAACAUGCCUCACGCUAGUGAUGUUGUCCCGCUGAUCAGCAGAAUCAAAUACAAUGUAGAGUACGAUGCUGCCUUCCAGCAAGUCUUUGGCAAAACCAUUGUCUGUCCCAACCUGACGGCUGCUGGCCAGUAUGCCAGAAGUCAUGGUCUGGAUGCCAUCACCCCUGAUGGUGAUACAACCAACAAGAGAGGUGCAAUGACGGGUGGUUUUGUUGAUCCUCGCAAAUCGCGUUUGGAAGCGGUCCGAGCCGUCAAUAAGUGGCGGGAUGAGCAUGAGAAGUUGCAAGCUCAAUUGGAGAGCAUCAGAAAGCAGAUUGACGUGAAGGGACAAGAGGUUACUCGCGCCAUGGGCGAGGUUGAGAAACUCAACCAAGUGAAGCGCCGAGAUGCAGAAGGCCGUGAGCCUUUCAGGAACGAGCUAAGAAACAAGCUUGAUCAACUACAACGUUCCCGUGAUCACCUCGAGGCGGCCACGAGACGUCGCGAUGCUGUAGACAAAAACAUCAAUGACUUUGGCGAGAGCAUUGAUACUUACGAAGCCGAACUUAUGUCAGACUUUAAGAAAGCUCUCACGAACCAAGAGGAACGGCAGCUCGAGCAAUUUAGCAACCAAGUCAAAGAUCUCCAGAAACAAUGGAAUGAUGCCAGUCAGGCUCGCAGAGAAGUGGAGACACGCCGGAGAGUGCUGGAGGUUGACUUGCAGCAAAAUCUCCGUCUCAAGGAGGAUCAGCUUAGCAGCCUUGCUUUCGAGAACUUGUCCUCGACAACUGGGACGGGAAGCUACAGCGACGCGCAGAAGGAGCUUAAGAAGAUCCAGAAAUCAGCUGCCGCUAUCGUGAAGAAACUGGAGCUCCUCGAGACGCAGAUGGAUCAAGUCGGGUCACAGAUCACCCAGUUGGAUGCAAACAAGGCCACCAAAGAGCAGGAGCAGCAAGAAUUCGCGCGACAGAUCGAGCGACAGCAGAAGAAGAUGGAGAGGAGCCUUCAGAGGAAAGCACUUCUCGUCGGUCAGAUCGAAGAAUGUGCCAAGAACAUCAGAGACCUGGGUGUACUCCCAGAAGAGGCGUUCCGUAAAUACCAGAAGAUGAAGACCAAAGACAUCACUGCGAGACUCAAGAAAGUCAACGAAGCACUGAAGAAGUACAGGCAUGUCAACAAGAAGGCCUUCGAGCAGUACAAUAGCUUCACCACACAGCAGGAGCAACUGCUCCAGCGAAGAGAGGAGCUUGAUGCUUCCCAAGCCUCCAUCGAAGAACUCAUUGCUCAUCUUGACGAGACGAGAGAUGUGGCCAUCGAGCGGACGUUCAAGGGCGUCUCGAAGAGUUUCGCGGAGAUUUUUGAGCGCCUUGUCCCAGCUGGCCAUGGUCGGCUCGUCAUCCAACGCAAGGCCGAUCGCCAUCGACAGGAGCCCGAGGACUCUGAUGAGGAGGCCGCAAAGAAUAGCGUCGACAACUAUGUCGGCGUAGGCAUCAGCGUCUCUUUCAACUCCAAGGUGAUGGACGAGCAGCAGAAGGUCCAGCAACUUAGCGGUGGACAGAAGAGUCUGUGCGCUCUGUGCCUCAUCUUCGCCAUCCAGAUGGAGGAGACGAGUCCCAUGGUCAUCUUCGACGAAGUCGAUGCCAAUCUUGAUGCCCAGUAUCGUACUGCUGUGGCGAGCUUGAUGCAGUCCAUCUCAACAGAGAAGGGCACCCAGUUCAUCUGCACCACCUUCCGACCCGAGAUCGUCAUGGUGGCCGACAAGUGCUACGGCGUCACGUUCCGCAACAAGUCCAGCGGUAUCGGAUGUUAUUCUGCAGAUGAUGCGUUGGAGUUUGUCGAGGGGCAGGCUCCGAGAUAA